UUUGUUGUGGGAGGAGCUGAGCCAAAGAGGCGUAAACUUCUUCUAGCGUCAGCUGCCUGAUCAAACUGUACGAGGAGAGCGGGUUUGCUCUGUUCCAGUCACGAUUAUGUAUUUCAGGUUCUCUUAGCAAAGUGAGACAUGGCAGAACUUCUGGCAGUAAUCGCGGGUUUACCGUCAUCGCCGUCCACUUUGAACGUGACUUAUGCGGUUCAGGACGGUGCCAGCCCCCCUGCAGCUCCUCCUGUCCCCCUGAGUAGUGAGGACUACCUGUUUGUGGAGAGCAGACACCCCAGCACUGUCCUGCAGGGGCUCAACAGCCUGCGCCUCAACAAUGCAUUCUGUGAUGUGACCCUGUGCUGUGGGGGCCAGGAGUUCCCCUGUCACCGCAUUGUACUGGCCUCCUUUAGCUCUUAUUUCCAGGCAAUGUUUUCUACUGACCUCAUAGAGUCCAAACAAGAGCGUGUUGCCAUUAAUGGAGUUGAGCCCCAAAUGAUUGGGAUGCUCGUGAGCUAUGCAUACACGUCCGAAGUUUACAUUUCUAAGGCAAACGUGCAGGCACUUUUAGCCGCAGCCAACCUGCUGGAUGUUAUGGCUGUUAGAGAGGCCUGCUGUCGCUUUAUGGAGCGUCAGAUGGAUGAGAUGAACUGUGUGGGGAUCCACUGCUUUGCUGAAGCCCACUCAUGUAAAGUGCUUGAAAAGCGCAGCAUGGACUACAUCCUGGAGCACUUCAGCAGUGUUUAUCAGCAGGAGGAAUUCCUCUCUCUCUGUGUGGACAAACUGACUGAAAUUAUUGCUAGUGACCAUCUUAAUGUGCCAAAAGAAGAAGUUGUUUUUGAGGCUGCUGUCCUAUGGCUCAACAAAUGUCCUUCACGUAAACAGAACUUUGAAAAGGUCCUGGAGAAUGUCCGCCUGCCUCUCAUCAGCCCAUACUACCUCCAUGAUGUGAUUGAGUCUCUCGAUGUAGUUAAAGAUAAUCAGGCCUGUCAAAGACUCAUCUCUGAAGCCAAGGACUACCUGCUGCUGAAAGACCGCCGUGGAGAGCUCUACUGCCCCAGAGCUAGACCGCGCAGGUCCACAGGGACAGCAGAAGUAAUCGUGACAGUUGGUGGAGAGGAUGACAAGGUGGUGCUGCGAAGUGUGGAGAGCUUCGAUCCUGUCACUAAUCAGUGGAAGAAUCUGGCCUGUCUGCCCUUUGCUGUGAGCAAGCAUGGACUGGUCGUGUCAGACUCCACGCUGUACCUGGCGGGAGGGGAGUUUCCUGAUGGCUCGGCGAGCAGAGAAAUGUGGCGUUAUGACCCGUGCUUUGACUCCUGGAUCGAGAUGGCUCCUAUGAAUGUAGCACGCUCUGAGCUGGGGCUGGUCAUGCUGGAUGGCUUUGUGUAUGCGGUUGGAGGAUGGGAGGGGCGCUCACGUUUGGACUCUGUGGAGUGCUACAACCCUCACACGAACUGUUGGCAGUUCACUCAAUCUGUGAAGAUGGCUGUGACCAGUCCUGCAGUAGUCGCUCUGGACGGGCUGCUUUAUGUUACAGGUGGUGCUGUUCUGGAAGAUGGUGAUGGCACUGAUCUGGCUCAAGUGUACAACCCUAAGACAGCCACAUGGACUGAGGUCGCUCCCAUGCAGAUUGCACGCUCUGGUUCAGCAGCUUGUACACUCAAAGGAAAAAUAUAUGUUAUAGGAGGAUGGCAUGCUUCAACAGAAAAUACAGACAAAGUGGAGUGUUACAACCCCAAAACCAACCAAUGGACCAUGUGUGCACCAAUGAAGGAACGGCGCUAUCGGCCUGGUGCUGCUAUGGUGGAUGGAAAGAUCUAUGUUCUGGGAGGAGAAGAGGGCUGGGAUAGGUAUCAUGACACCAUUGAAAGGUACUGUGAAGACACAGACACUUGGGAGAUUGUUGGAGAGAUGCCCACCAGUCGCAGUUGGCUGAGCUGUGUGUCUCUGCAGCUCAGAAAAGACAUUCACAUGAGCAGCUGUCCUGGGACGCCAAAUGACUGAAAGACAAAACAAGAGAGAGAACACCAUGAGUUCAUUUUCUAAUGGUUGCCAAGUAUGCCAUGCAACAAGCAUGGUUCUUUGCUGGUCAUGUUUACUAACUUAUGCUGCCUUCAUUGGCACAAUUAGUUGGGAGAGAGUUGUUCUUGUCUAUUUGAGAGGCAGCUUGUGUGACAGUAGCCAGCCUGGGUCCUUCUAUUGGUAGUUAACUCAAGGAAAAGUCUGGGACCCAAAGAGAACCAAGUUGCCAGAUCAAACCUCUUCUCUGUUUAAUGUGAACAUGUUCAGAGUAUUGUUUAUGAAUAUAUGGAAAGCCUCCAGUUGGUUCUCCAAGCCAGGAUAGUGUAUUUUUGUAUUGUUAUUGUAUGUGCAGUUUGUAUUGGGGAGUGAGUAGUUGUUGCCACUUUUGAUCUGUUUAAAAAUGCUUCAUGGGCCAAUGGAUGUGUAUGUUUUUGAAGAAUAAUUGUGAAAAAAUGUGUGCUGCCUGUACGUUAAAUAAAACAUUUGUAGCCCAUGAUUAAAUGUUAAUAUAUGUGGAGAUUAUUUUUGUAAUGUGAUUUGUCAGUCAGUGAAGUUGGGUUAAAAUAAAGAAGUCCAAGUUGGUUAUUUU